UUUUAAAUGGUGACCCCAUUAGUCGGCACCUUCGUUCUCACCGCAGAAGGAUGGCUGAAACUAUCUAAAACCCUGUGGAAGUAAAACUGUCUGCAUGGGUGAAUCACACUUGAAAAGAGCUGACCUAACUUUCAUCUUUCGGAGUUGAUGAAAUGGACCGAAAACAGAUUCUUGGGGAAAUCCUUCAUUUGUACAUGAGGCUUAGAUUGACCCCACCCGUACUCUCAUUAAAAAGAUGACUGGCAUCAUACAGACCAAAGACAUUACUCAGUCACAGAACCUGCUGCACCACCUGGUAUCGAUCUUCAAUCAUGUCGAAGGAUAGUAUGUUGAUUGUCCUCUGCUGCCUCUUUAUAAGACUUCUGAAUGCAAAGAUGUUGCCUGAACAGGAUACCAUAAAAGCCACUUUGAAAAGCUCUGAUGUCCAAAAGGUGGAUGUUGAGACAUCCUCUCCACAGGAGGCUACCUCCACUCAGUCAGCCAUGCAGAAACCCACAAACACCUCACUGAAGGCAUCUGUUGCCUCUGUCCAGGUCCCAUCAGGUCAGUCCAGGCUCAUCAGUAUCCCUCUGAGUUUGUCUUCAGACUCUGUCGAUGACAUGUAUUACGGCUGCUCCGAGAAGAUGCUGAUCAAAGUGAAACGUCACUACCUCCCUGGGAGCACCAGGGAAGGUCUGCACUCCACAUACACAAAACUCUGUGCCCUCAAAGCCAUGAAGAAUAAGGACAUCUAUGACCCGCUGUCCUGGAAUCACUUCAGGGCUCUGUGUGCCUACACAGCGGGGUCAUAUAACAACUUAAACCAAGCAAUCCGCAGGGGGAAGGCUUCCUACAAAACCUCGUUUGGAUUCCACGCCCUACACUUCCUGCUGUCUGAUGCCAUCCGGCUCCUAAAACUUAACCAAAGAAGCUGCUACACCACCUAUAGGAGAAGCAAACUGCUCUUCAGCGGGGAAUUUGGACAAACCAUUCGCUUUGGCUCAUUCGCCUCCAGCUCCCUCAGCAAGGACCUGCAUCAGUUUGGACGGAGGACCUGCUUCGAGAUACACACGUGUUUCGGAGCCUACCUCAAGUCCUAUUCAGAGUUUGACUCGGACGAGGAUGAAGUACUGAUUCCUCCAUAUGAGAUGUUUAAGAUUGUCUCUGUGGACGUGUCGGGAGAGAAUGAUUUACACUGUGAUGCUUUCUACAAACUUGAGACUGCGGGGGUUUACAGCAGCCUCAACUGCCAGGCUGUGAACCCUUUUUAAAAGCAAGAGUGUACAAAAUAAACACUAUUGUUUUAUUAUAUCAGUUUUAUUAGCAGCCUCCUCCAGGCAACAAUUGUAUUCUAUUAUGCGUCACUGUCUUGAAUUUACUAAAAUAGCUUUUUUGAGUGUUCAUUAUUGACCUUGGAAGCAAAACAUUCUUACCAUAAGGUCCAUUUAGUAACUGUUCUGGAGCUUCAGAUUGUAUGACAUGAUCUUCCUCAGCAGGUUGUUAGCCCAGUCACGAAAUUGUAGUUGAGAACUUUAACUUUCUCGUCCUUUUUAAACAGUAAGAGGGGGGACGGACAAGUUGUUUGACAGGAAGAAGUCAGGAAAACUGUUAAAUUUCAUUAAAAAAAACACAAACCUGGGUUUAUUUUUGACAAAGUAGCUUAGGUGUCUUUAAUAGUAAGUGAUAUGAAAAACAAAAUUAUGGAAUGUCAUUAAAAAAAAGCGUGCUUAAAAAUCAGUAUAUGAACCCUAACUCUAACUCGUGUAUCUUAGUGACCAACUCCUAAACCACUUUAAUACAUAACAGGCCCACUCCACAAAUAAGAUUAAAAAUAGGACAGAGACAUGGCUUCAUGUUAAAGUAUCUCAAGUGUUUGCAGCUUGUACAAAUAAAUAGAAAUGCAAAUGGACUGUUUUAUUAAAUAAUUGUCUACACUCCUACACUGCUUAUACAUUUUUUUAUUUGAAGACUUUCCACUAAGUCUCAAAAAUACAAAUAUAUUUAUUUUUAAUGAAUGGAAGCUAAAUCAAUGUUUUACACACUUUCAGUCUCAUUGUAGCAUGAUUAAUAGAGUGAAUAUCUGGACAAUGACAGCUCGUCUCUUCACAGCUGAGACCACGUAUCAAGUUCACAGAAAUAGUCCUCG